AUUAGGAGGUCCAAUUUGAAGAAUUGUGCUUUGCGGAGUUAGAUGCAUGAUGUUUAGGAUUUUGAUUUUGAUAUUUACUGGUUUGGCCUUUUGGAAUUUCUUUAAUUUUGCUCUGCUGAUCAACUUCUGAUGCAUCAUCAUUCACUAUAUAUGUGUUUCCAUGCUUUGAGAUCAAGAACAAGAUUUCGUACUAAAUUGAUCAUCUCCAAACCACUACACCAACUCAUAGGCUUGAAAUUAAAUAAUCCCAAGAGGAUUCAAUAGCUGAAUACAAUGUUAAAGUUUGGAACCUCUUUGUUGGUGCCUUCUGUCCAAGAGCUAGCAAAGCAACGAAUCACCAAAGUUCCAGAGCAAUAUUUUCAUCCAAAUCAAGACUCUCCUGUUAUAUGCAACACAAACUCUUUACCACAAAUCCCAACCAUCGACCUGAGUAAGUUGUUAUCUGAAGAUGCAAUUGAGCUAGAGAAGCUGGACCAUGCAUGUAAGGAAUGGGGUUUCUUCCAGUUGAUUAAUCAUGGAGUCAACUCUUCCAUGGUGGAAAAUGUGAAGAGAGGUAUUCAAGAAUUCUUUGAUCUUUCAAUAGAAGAGAAGAAACAAUUUUGGCAAACCCCGGAAGAUUCUGAAGGUUAUGGCCAGAUGUAUGUUCAAUCUGAUGAUCAAAAGUUGGAUUGGGCAGAUACAUUAAUCAUUCACACUCUUCCACCUCAGAUAAGGAACCCUCGGUUAAUUCCUUGUUUUCCCCAACCAUUGAGGGACAACUUGGAGAAAUAUUCUUUUGAAUUGGGAAAACUUUGCAUCACAAUCAUUGAGCGUAUGACACUAGCUCUUAAGAUUGAAUCAAAUGAAGUGCUAGAGUUAUUUGAAAAUUUAAAUCAAUCAAUGAAGUGGAAUUAUUACCCUCCAUGUCCCCAACCAGAAAAUGUCAUUGGAAUAGAUAGUCAUUCUGAUGUUGGUGCCCUAACCAUCCUUCUUCAAGUCAAUGAAACAGAAGGCCUCCAAAUAAAAAAUGAAGGAAAGUGGAUACCUAUUAAACCCGUCUCUAAUGCUUUUGUCAUUAACGUUGGUGACACUUUGGAGAUUCUGACCAAUGGAUUGUAUAAAAGUAUUGAGCAUCGAGCAAUAGUAAACUCAAAAAAAGAGAGAAUUUCCAUUGCCACCUUUCAUAGGCCUCAGAUAGACAGAGUUAUUAGUCCAAUAUCAAACCUGGUUACAGCUCAAAGACCAGCGUUAUUCAAGAAAAUUGUAGCUGGAGAUUACUACAAAGCAUUCUUUUCACGCAAGCCACAAGGGAAAUCAUGUCUUGAUGCCGUAAGGAUUCAAAAUGAAAUUGAUGAAUGAUAUAAUGCAUGUGCAACUUUGCUUGGAAUGGAUAUAAGCGACAUUAUUCUUCCUAAUACAUUUUUAUUAUUGAUUGAAAUUUAUUAAAA